AUGGGGCCCAGACAAGAUCAGCCCUCUCCCCUCUCUUUUCUCCUCUUCUCCCUUUCCUCUCUUUUCUGCCUCCUCGCGCUCUCGUCGACCGUCCACGCGAUAGACUCGACCGACUGGACUGUCCUGCCAUCCAACAACUCCCGGGAUCUGUCCUGGACCCGUCAAGUGCGAUUCCACUUGCAGAGUGCCCGGAUCCAGUUACCUCCGAACCUCACCCUCGCCCCCUUGACCGGGGCUCUGGUUAGCUUGGAUAGAAGGCAACUAUCGGACUUCCAUCUUAAAGGAGAGUUGGUGAAUGUCGACGCUGCCAAUUCACGGCAAUUAAAUAGUAGUGAUAUCGCCUUCAUCAGCUGCGACAAGUCCGACUACCCGGGAAACUUGGACGCCAGCUCCACCGUUGCCAACGUCGUCUCGUCCAAACAAAAGGCUUCGGCAGUUCUUCUGUACAGCUCCGAACUACAUCACUGCAACUAUAGUGCCAACGAAGCAGAUGCUGCCCAGUACCCCAACGUCUUCACCUUUUUGAACCCGGACUUUGCCAAAAAGAUCAAGACUCAGCUGAGUUCGCCCAAAGGAAACGAGACAUCCGAAGGCAACGCAACCGUUGGCGUAAUACCCGAUAUGUCGUUCACGAUGUCGGGGACCCCCCAGACCCAGGAUACGGGGGGCUCGUCAGACAACCCGAAUACGGCGAUGAUCAUCCUGUACAGCAUCACGGGCAUCAUCACGGCGCUCUUCUUGGCUAUCAUCAUUACCGGGGCUGUCCGAGCACACCGUCAUCCGGAACGCUACGGACCGCGUUAUACGGCUGGGCGACCGCGGCAGAGUCGAGCGCGAGGGAUAGCAAGGGCGAUGUUGGAGACGAUUCCGAUCGUCAAGUUUGGCGACGGCCAUGACCCCAAGGCGGAUGCCGUCAAGGGCGACGUGGAGAUGUCCCUCGACCCCGAGGAUGGUGCGAGACAGAACCCCGAUGGGCGGGAAACCACGACAACGGCGGCGGCCGACACUACGGAGGUUACUCCAACGCAACCAAAAGAUCCGAAUGCUCCGCCGGCAGCCGCUACAUCCGAAAAGCGAGGUGGAACGGAAGGCGAGGAACAGCCGAAUUACAUGUGCCCCAUUUGUACCGAUGACUUUGUCAAGGGUCAAGACCUGCGCGUGCUUCCCUGCAACCACCAAUUCCAUCCGGAUUGUAUCGAUCCGUGGCUGGUGAAUGUGUCGGGAACCUGCCCUCUCUGUCGAAUCGAUCUUCAUCCCGCGAAGGCCGAGGGCGAGCAAGAGACGGGCGAAGGCGACGAGACGACGGAAGCCGCGACGCAAGGAAACAACGAAUCGACUGCGGACGGUUCGCAUCAGCGCUCGCAUCACCGGCUCAGCAACUAUCUCCACGGAUCCUUGAAUGCACGUCGGAUGCGCGACGCCAGUGUGGAGGAGCGACUGGCGGCACUUCGCAGUGUCCGCGAAGAAGCCAACCAGAGCGCGCAAAAUGACGACAACGACGAGCAGGUGCGGCGACGCAGCCGACUGACGACGCGACUCAAGGAGCGGUUCCGCAUUCGAACCCGCGCACAUGGGGACGAUGGCGGCGAGGCAGCCCGAGAGUGA